AAAUAUGUUAUUUAUUAUUUUAUUAACUCUUCAAUUUUAAUUAAAUUAAAAGUUAUCUGCAUGCAUGCAUGCAGAACCUAUCGCUUGCUAAGAACGAGAUGGACCGAUUACGCGACGAAAACUCGAAAAGAUUGCUACGCGAUAGAAAGCUUAGUUUGGUUCUUGAUUUAGAUCAUACGCUCCUCAAUUCAGCUGGCUUUUCCCGGAUUACGGGUGAAGAAGAAUAUCUAAAUUGCGAAAGAGACGUUUUGCCAGAAUAUUUAAAGAGCAGCCUGUUCAGAGUGCAUGGGUCGAAGAGGUUGGUUAAGUUGAGGCCAUACGUGAACACGUUCUUGAAAGAAGCUAGUAAAUUAUACGAGAUGCACAUAUACACUAUGGGCGGUUUUUCGUAUGCAUUAGAAAUGGCGAAAUUGCUCGACCCCAAAAAUAUCUACUUCAAUUCAAGAAUCGUUUCACGAGAUGAUUCCACACGGAGGUAUGAAAAGAGUCUCGACGUUGUUUUGGGGAAAGAAAACGCAAUUGUGAUCCUUGAUGAUAAAGAAUCGGUGUGGUGCAAGGAGCACAAGGAGAAUCUAAUAAAAAUAGAAAGAUAUCACUUUUUUGCUCAUAGUUGCAAGCGAUUUGGAGUCGACCAUAAAUCGCAUUCUCAAUUAAAAAGUGACGAAAACGAGUCCGAAGGCGCAUUGGCUACUAGUCUUAAAAUUCUUCAACAGAUCCAUACUUUGUUCUUUGACAUGGUAUGUAUUUAAGUAAUUUAUUACAUUUAAAUCAGCUUAUUUAAGAGAAAUUUUAACCGAUGAAGUUUCUAUUUAAUUGGAUUAUUUUUCUUAAAAUUAAUUUUCUUCGUUCAGGGGCAGAAAGAUAGUCUAGAGGACCGGGAUCUGAGAAA